GAGUAGAUGUACACUUGCCUUCUUUCUUGCAAUAAGACAUCUUUUUACCUUGAGGGGAGACUGGAGGAGACAAACACGUGGGUGGGAGGGGCACCAGUGACGACGUUUACCAACUCGAUCAACAUGGCUUCCAGGAGUGAGAUAUUGAGAUUGUACAGGAAGCUUCACAGAACAUGUAGGAAAGUAUUUGUGGACGACGUCGAGGCUCUGAAUGUGUUUAGGAGGAGAAUCAAAGAUGACUUUUGGAAGAAUCGUCACAUGACAGAGAAAGAGGAACUCACUAAGGUGAUUGACGAAGCCACUGAAGCGGAGAGGUUUCUAAGGCAGAAUGUUGUGCAGCUUGUUCAAACCAACCAAGACACAUACAGAGUCAAGAUCAGAGAAGACACAGUACUCAAUGACAACGUUCCACUAACAAAAUAAACAAAAUGACUAUAAUAUUAUUAUAUAAUUAUUGUUCAGUUGUAUGUUCAGCUAUUGCCAUUUCUUGUAGAUCUUCUACAGCCACUUUUGUACUCAACAAUUGUUGUAACUGUAUCAUGUCUGUUUCAAUAUGUUCCAUGUCUUUCAUGAAUGGUUUCACUAAUGGGAUAAA